AUGACUUAUCGGACCACCCUGAAUCUUCUUUUUUGUCUGAAAAGGAUUGUACCAAACUUCAAGUGUGACACAGAGAAGAAUUUGAUAGCUGUCAUUGGAGGACUUGAUUCAGAAACUUCACUCUAUAUGGCUACUCUCUUAGGCAUCUAUAAGAUUCCACAGGUCUCGCAUUAUUUAUUUGGUCCUGUGCUGGAUGUUAAAGCAUACUUUCCUUUUAUCCAUCGAGUAGUCCCCAAUGAACAACAUCAAUACUGGGGAAUUGUUGAACUCCUUAAGCAUUUCCAAUGGACAUGGGUUGGGAUCGUCACACUGGAUGAUGAUAAGGGAGAGAAUUUUGUGCAGACCUUGAUACCAAUGCUUUCUCUGAACAGAAUCUGUGUUGCUUUCACUGACAGAAUGCCUCCUCCAACAGACUUUUCUCAAUUACACGAUGUGUAUUUACAGACAGAAAAAAGACUUCAUCUUUUCACAAAUAACAAUGUAAAAGCACUUGUUGUUUAUGCAGAGACACACUCCAUUUUAGGUCUGAAAUAUCUACUGGUGCAAACAGGAGAUGUGACAGUUACUCUAGACAGAGUCUGGAUUAUGACAGCCCAAUGGGACUUCCCCGCAUUACAGUUUCACAGGCAUUGGGAUAUCCAAGUCUUUCAAGGAGCCCUGUCUUUUGCAGUUCACUCCAAUGAGGUGCAGGGAUUCCAAAAUUUCCUCCUGGGUAUUCAUCCGCACUCACAAAGCAGGGACAAUUUCAUCAGGCCCUUUUGGGAGCAAGCUUUUGACUGUUUAUUUUCAGAAUCCAAUGAAUACAGAGAAAGCGAUGGAACUUGUACUGGGAAAGAAAAACUGCAAAGUCUUUCCGGGCCCUUUUUUGAAAUUAGUAUGACUCCUCAAAGCUACAGUAUAUACAAUGCUGUCUAUAUUGUGGCACAUGCUUUGCAGGCCAUGUACAAAUUAAAUUCCAAACAUAGGCUGGCAAAACCAACUCUGGCUCCACAACCUUGGCAGCUUCAUUCCUCCCUGAAGAGAAUUUCAUUUAACAAUAGUGCUGGAGAUCAGAUGUCUUUGGAUGAUAAAGGUGAAUUGCAAAGUGGAUUUGAUAUUAUAAAUUGGGUGACUUUCCCAAACAAAUCUUUCUCAAGGGUGAAAGUAGGAAGGAUAGAUCCAUGGGCCCCACAAGACAAAAAAAUCUCCAUUAAUGAUGAGAUCAUCACAUGGUACCACACAUUCAACCAGAUGGCACCCUCUUCAGUAUGUAAUGAUAACUGCCAUCCAGGUUCAGUUAAGAAGAAAAAGGAAGAACAGCCAUUCUGUUGCUAUGAUUGCAAUCGAUGUCCAGAAGGGAAGAUUUCUGAUAAAAACGACAUGGACAUAUGUAUCCAGUGUCCAGAAGAUCAAUAUCCAAGUAGCAAUCAAGACCAAUGCAUUCCCAAAGUUUUUAACUUUUUGCUUUAUGCAGAAAAUUUGAGCAUCGUUAUCAUUUUUAUGACUUUUUCAUUUUCCACAAUCACGGCUUUGGUAUUAGGAAUAUUCAUUAAAUACCGAAACACUCCUAUCGUUAAAGCCAACAACCAAGAUCUCACCUACACUCUUCUCGUCUCUCUCUUCCUCUGCUUUCUCUGCCCAUUGCUUUUCAUUGGUCAGCCCCAGAAAAUAAAAUGCCUCCUAAGGCAAACCACAUUUGGCAUCAUCUUCUCAGUUGCUAUUUCUUCUGUGUUGGCAAAAACCAUUACAGUGGUGUUAGCAUUCAUGGCUACACAACCAGGAUCCAAGAAAAGGAAAUGGAUGGGGAAAUGCAUGGCGGUUUAUAUUGUACUCUCCUGUUCCCUCAUUCAAACAGUGAUUUGUAGUGUGUGGAUCAGUAUCGCCCCUCCAUUUCCGGAUUUUGAUAAGUACUCCUUACCUAAAGAAAUAGUGAUACAAUGCAAUGAAGGAUCUGCAUUUAUGUUUUAUUGUGUUCUAGGUUACUUGGGACUCCUGGCUAUUGUCAGUUUUGUGGUAGCUUUUUUUGCUAGGAAGUUGCCUGAUGCUUUUAAUGAAGCCAAAUUCAUCACUUUCAGUAUGUUGGUAUUUUGCAGUGUGUGGCUGUCCUUUGUGCCAACCUAUCUGAGCACCAAGGGGAAAUACAUGGUGGCUGUGGAGAUCUUCUCUAUAUUAUUCUCUAGUGUUGGUUUACUAGGCUGUAUCUUUUUCCCCAAAUGUUUUAUAAUUGCUCUGAAGCCUGAGUUAAACAGCAAAGGAUAUUUAGCAAGGAGAAAUAGAGCUCAGUUUUUUGAGUGA